AUGUGCGAUAAUCUACAAGAAAUAGCAGCUAUUUCUACCUAUCAAUCAGGUGUAGCUUCAAAUAGAAGCAGAUCAUCGAGAGGUGCAGGUAACACACGACCAAGGGCAAAUAGAAUAAGAACACCAAGAACAGUAACAUCGCUGUUGAAUUCUCAUAUUACGGAUGUCGUGUUUAGGAAUUCUUCUGUGCCUAUUAAUAUUGUACCCAGAGUAAGUAAUAACCUUAGUGUUCCUCUGGAACAUACUCCAAGAGAGAAUCCAAAGCGAAGACCAGGAUUGAUUAUACAUAAUGAAAAUGGCGAAUUAGAUGAUGAUUUUCUAUAUGACGCCACUAAUUAUGAAGAUGAAACUAAUCGUCAAGCUGAGAAUAAUAGAGUGUAUUCUCCGCCCAUAAUAAAUGGCGGUGUUAUAUUGCGAAAGGAAUUGAAGGAGAAACAAAAGCUAUCUAAAGAAGAGGCACAAUCAUGGGACGUAUUUGAUGAAGCACGCAGGUGUCAAAGUAGUACGGAAGGCUCAAACGUAGUAGCAUCGAUAGGUGAGAAUCUGGCGGAACCAAAAGCACGAAGGAGAAGGAAAAAGCUCUCAGAGUUGCCUCAACCGGAUUCUGAGUUAGUAGAAGGGACAUCAGCAAAGUUGGAAAACUUUCCCCAGAAGCAACAAGAAAAAACAAGAAUCUCGAGUCUAAUCAGCCAACUUCGAUCGUCAUCUCAGACAAGAUGCAGACAUGACAGUAAAAUUCCAACAAAUCAGGAAGUUUCGACCAACCGUGAUACCACAGAAGUGUUACUUAAUCCAACUGAGACUGCUUCUGUGGAUAGCGUGGCCCUGUCUGAUAGUGAAACUAAAUCGCAAAGAAAGAAAGCUUGUCUUGAUAAGCCAACUAAUGUGGAGUUGUCACUUGAACAUAAGGUAGAAAUUCAAAAGCAUAUUCGAAAUAAUUUGAGACCACUUUACCGACCAGGCGAAUCUAAUUCCAGCCAUUCUCCCACAAUUAGGUCUGAGGAAAUAUAUAUUCAAAUUAACAAGAGUGCAUCGAGAAAGAUUUAUGCACAUAUUUUAUCGUUGGUAGCCGGUGAAACAGGACAAUUGAAAUCUUCAAUACUUGUAGACUAUUUUAACGACGAUGAAGCAAAAUUAAAAUCCAUAGUUGACAAAUUUGUUCAGGAUGAAUUGAGAUACUAUAAAUGGUAA